CGGACCGUGGACUCCUUUCUGGGACGGGGGCCCGGUUUUAAUCGCAUUAAAUUGAGCCGUUAAUUAGGCCAGGAAGCCCUCCAUCCGGGAAGCCCUCCGUCCUGCGGCCUCCGUCCCCACCGGCUGAGGAGAUGGGACUGCCGUUGGCGCUGCUGCUGCCGUUGGCGCUCUUGGUCGGGAGCGGAUUCCUCUUCAUCUACCGGCAGGUCUCCAGGCUGUGGGCCAAGUCUGCCGUCCAGAAUCGGGUGGUGGUCAUCACGGAUGCCACUUCGGGCCUGGGGAAGGAGUGUUCCCGCGUGUUCCACGCCGGUGGGGCGAGGCUGGUGCUGUGUGGCCGUGACUGGGAGCAGCUGGAGGUGCUGUACGAAGCGCUCCUCGGUGUCGCCGAUCCGAGCAAGACUUUCCCCCCAAAGCUUGUCCUCCUGGACGUGUCGGACCUAAACUGCGUCCAGGAUGUGGCCAAAGAGGUGCUGGACUGUUAUGGCUGCGUGGACAUCCUCAUCAACAACGCCAGCAUGAAACUGAAAGGGCCUGUCCAGAGCCUCUCCCUGGAGUUGGACAAGGAAGUCAUGGAGGCCAACUACUUCGGGCCCAUCACGCUGACCAAAGCUCUGCUUCCCAGCAUGCUGUCCCGGAGAACCGGCCAGAUUGUCCUGGUGAACACCCUGCAGGGGAGAGUGGGGCUGCCCUUUCGCACGGCCUACGCGGCCUCUAAGCACGCCAUCCUGGGCUUCUUCGACUGCCUGCGGGCCGAGGUGGAAGAGUUCAACGUGGUGGUGAGCACCGUGUGCCCUGCCUUCGUCCGCUCCUACCCGGCGGGCCCCGACGCCUCCGUCUGGAAGUUCUUUUUCAGGAAGCUGGCCUACGGCUCUCACCCCGUGGACGUCGCCGAGGAGGUGAUGCGCACCGUGAGCCGGAAGAAGCAGGAGGUCUUACUGGUCAACCCCCUGCCCAGGGCCGCCCUCUUCCUCCGCACCUUCUCGCCUGACCUGUUCUUCGCCGUGACGGGCUGCGGGUUCAAGGACCGGCUGGACGGUCCGGGGGGCAAGUGACCGCCUUGGGCCUGCGAAUAAAACCUUUCUGGACAG